CCUCUCGCCUUCUUCCCCCACCAAAGCCAUCUCUCACACUCUCUCACACACACCCAUCUCUUUUUCUCUCACCUUUCCUUUAUAUCAUAAGGAUCGCACCUUCCUCAUCCCAAUUCUCUCCAACACAAUUUUUUUCCACUCGGUUUCCGCCUAAAUCCACUUUUCAAACUUUGGUUCCUGACCAAACUCUUCUUCAGACCUCUUGUUCUCAGCAAUUCCCCAACAUCACUUCCUUUUGAACACUCACGCCCUCUCUCUGUUUUAUUUAAGCCUCGAAUUCAAGGUUUGGUUUGCAGUUCAAGUUGGGAGGUUGGUUCGAAGUUCAAACCUUGUGGCUCUUAGUUCAUGUUUUGUGUGUCCAUGGAGGAAGGGCAAGUUAGUCUGGCGAAAGAGCUGAACCAAGGGAAGGAGCUGGCAAUGUUGCUCUGUAACCGUAUUGCCUCUUCUACUCAUGAGACGAAUGAGUUAUUGAUUGACAAAAUACUCUGUUCUUAUGAGAAAGCACUCAAGAUGCUUACACGUGGACAAAAUGUGGGAGAGGCUAAUCCCACCGUUAAUGCUGGUGAGAGCCCGAGAUGUGAUGUCUUGGACCAGGAAGACGGUCGCAGAGAUGCCUACAAGAAAAGGAAGAUCAUGCCCAGAUGGACAGAACAAGUGAAGGUUUGCUCAAGAACAGGGAUUGAGGGUUCCUUGGAUGAUGGAUAUAGUUGGAGAAAAUAUGGCCAGAAGGAUAUCCUCGGAGCUAAAUUUCCUAGAGGAUACUACAGAUGCACUCAUAGGUUUGUACAAGGCUGUCAAGCAACAAAACAAGUUCAAAGGUCUGAUGAAGAUCCAACAGUAUUCGAAGUGACCUACAGAGGAAAACAUACCUGCAACAACCACGCAGCGGCAUCAAAGAAAAAGAUGGUUUUUGGAGAAAACCAUCAUAAUAAUCAACACCGUAAAAGAAAUGAAGAGGAAGAAGAAGAAGAAAAGAUGGAACCAUCCCUAAUGACAUUCUUCAAUUUUGAGCCAGAACUUGAAGUCAAAAUGGAGGACAUUUUCCCAACAUCGACUGGAUUUCCUUCAACAUCUGAUAACCAGUUCCUGGAAAACUUUUCUGCAAAUUUCAUUUCCCCAUCAACCUCGGAAUCGAACCUGUUUUCUCUGUCACCGUGUCACAUGGGAAGUGCAGGAAUAUGCCAAAAGGUGCAAAGUUCAGAAUCUGAAGUGACUGACGUAGUUUCAGCCCCAACCUCGGUCACCAAUUCCCCUUUGGUCGAUUUGGAUGUCUUGCUUGAAAAGGAAGAUUUUCAAUCCAAUUUCCCUUUCAGCACUUUUGAUUUUUUCUCUUCCUAGUUUUCUUAUAGUUCCGGUGUGUGUGUGUGUGUGUGAGAGAGAGAGAGAGAGAGAGCGAGCGAGCUAAGUUUCUGCAGAAAUCAAUCAGUUGGUGAUUUGUGGAUCCUGACCAGGAAGAAGAUCAUAGGAAUUAUGAGUCGUGUCCAAAAAUGAAUUGACGACUGUGAAACUGUCCUAUGUGAACAUGAUGCUUGGUCGAGAGAGUUUUCCUGUACGGUGUGGUUGAGUCAUAUUUGUAACUGUUGCAACUUUAACCGAGUCAUGCCUUCUUGUAACUCUAGCACGGCUGGAAUUUGUAAAAUAAAGGCAUUUUCUAUA